ACCGGCUACUUAAUCAACGGCUUCGAUCCUCUUUCACACAAAUAGGACUCAAGACAUAAAAAUCACAUAUCCCUGAUUUCUCUCUCUUACUUUUGUUGCACUCUCAAGUUUCAACCAUUUUUCUCGCUUUAAUCUUGGGUUUUAAAUAUUUUUCAAGUUGAAAGAUGGAAAGGGAUUUCAUGGGUUUGAAUUCGAAGGAUUCAGUGGUUGUGGUGAAGGAAGAAGCUGGUGAAGGAUGCAAAGAAUCAGUGUUUUCAAUGAACUCCGCUGUUCACUGGCCUCUAUCAGAUGCUUUAGAUGCCUCUAAAAACCGUCAAUCUGGUGAAAUUCAGAAAAGCUUUGGUGUAAGUAGGCAAGGUGGCACUCAUUUUUCAAUGGCUGCUUAUCCCAUGCAACAGAAUGCAGUUCCGAUUUCCAUGAGUAAUCCAUUCUUCAGAACCCAAUUUGGUGGUGCUCCAUUGAAACAACAUGGUGUUAGUGUUAUUCCACCUAAUGGUUCAUUUCUUGCUGGAACUACUGAACCAUGGUAUAGUUCCAAGACUUCUUGUGCUCCUGCUCAAUUAACCAUCUUUUAUGGUGGUAUGGUGAAUGUGUAUGAUGAUAUUUCCCCUGAGAAGGCUCAAGCUAUCAUGUUUUUGGCGGGAAAUGGGGCGUCUGUGACUACCCCUCAAGCUAGGGUUCCAACUCAAGUGGCCACUCCAAGUCCAAUCAAUGUACAACCGUGUUCUGCAAUCUCAAGCCCGAUGUCUGUGUCUUCACACCCAGUUGGUCAAUCGAGUGGUGGGCCCACUAAUAAAGAUGAAGUUGGUAAACCAGUCGGAGGUUCGGUUCCUCCUGCUAGCAAAGUGGAUACUCCACGAGUUAUCAAUUCACUUGAACAAGUGAUGCAAUCAGCUGUUCCUCAAGCACGCAAAGCAUCCUUGGCUCGGUUUCUUGAGAAGCGCAAGGAAAGGGUGAUGGCUUCGUCUCCUUAUAGCAUCAACAAGAGCUCAUCCGACUAUAUUACCAAUCCAGGACCUAAUGCCAUAGUAGCAACAGGGGAGCAUUAGAGAAUAGGUCACAUGGGAUAUAUAAUACCAUGUAACAAUGUUAAAAAGUUAUGUAAGUUAUAUUAGGUUUUUAAUCAUCGUUGCUAAAUUUAAUCAAGACUUGAUUUUGGCUGUUUUUCUUAAACCACAUUGAUCUAUAUAUAGUGGAUCAGUUCUCUUUAAAGACACUACAACAUUGAGAUGAGUAUUUUGAUGGGUUAAAUGUUUUAUGUUCAUUGUUCA